CUUUGGUAUUUGCUUCCACCAACAGCCUCCAUUUCCAGGGCACUCAGCAUGUAUGAAGAAGCAUUUCAGAAUACCUCUGAGAGUGACAGGUAUGCCUGCUCUCCACUUCCUUCAUACCUGGAGGGCUCUGGCUAUGUGGGAGAGGAGGAACAAGACUCUCGGAGGCCACUUCAAGACGUCUGCUUUCACCUUCUAAAACUCUACAGUGACAGACAUUAUGAUCUCAACCAGCUGCUGGAGCCUCGAAGCAUAACAGCAGAUCCAUUGGACUAUCGCCUAAGCUGGCUGAAAGGGUUCUUGGAAGACCUGGCACCUCCAGAGCGCAGUGGCCUAAUCCAGGACUGGGAAACAUCUGGCCUUGUUUACCUGGACUAUCUUCGGGUCCUUGAAAUGGUCCACCAAAUACAGCAGGUGGAGUGCUCGGGUUAUGAGCUGGAGCAGUUACAAACCAAAGUGACCUCGCUGUGCAACAGGAUAGAGCAGAUCCAGUGUUAUAAUGCCAAGGAUCGCCUGGCUCAGUCAGACAUGGCCAAACGUCUAGCCAACCUUUUGCGGGUGGUACUGAGCCUUCAGCAUGCCCCUGAUGCAACCUCUGACUCUAUGCCAGAUCUUCAGCGUGUACCUUUGCGCCUUUUGGCUCCCCACAUUGGCCGGCUCCCCAUGCCUGAGGACUAUGCCCUGGAGGAGUCUUGUGACCCUCCAUGCCAACCUGCUACCCUACUCCGAACCCAGCCCUUUCACACCAGGACUCUUUAG